CCGCGUCUGUCCCUCGCGGGCCGCCGUCCCCCCGCCAUGGCGGCGUUCGCGCGGCGCAAGGCUCAGCGGCUGGCACGGCCCGACCCCAGCCGGAAGCGCGCGCUGGACGCGCGGGCCGCGGGGCUGGCGCGGCUCCUGAACGCGCGGGAGCGCUUCUGCACCGCCAGCUCCUGCGACGGCAGGGUCACCGUGACGGACACGGCCGGCUCGGGCAUCCAGAAGAAGAACUGCACGUGGCUGCUGGUGACACAUGAGCCGUGUGCCAAGGGCGAUGUGAUGACAGCACUGGAGAAAGCCACUGGUGAUGCUGUGUUCAAGUUUGAGCCGUUUGUUCUUCACGUGCUGUGUCGGGAGCUGCAGGAUGCUCAGCUGCUGCAUUCGGUGGCUAUUGACUCUGGGUUCAGGAACUCUGGUAUUACAGUUGGCAAAGGAGGAAAAAUUACAAUGGCUGUGCGCAGCACUCACUGCUUGGAAGUUCCACUGAGCCACAAAGGGAGACUGAUGGUCUCUGAAGAAUAUAUUGAAUUUCUGGUACAUGUGGCCAAUCAGAAAAUGGAAGAAAACAUGAGGAGGAUUGACAGGUUCCACAAGGGCCUGGAGCUGGCUCUGGAGGCUGCUGUCCCUGCAGACACCUUGUUCCCCGAGGUGCCACAGAAGAGCCACUCAGUGUACCUGCACAGGAGAAAGAGACAGGCUGCUCAGGGGCAGGCUGAUCCCAGCACACAGCUGGAGCCCCAGGAGGACACUGAAAGCAGCCUUGCUCUGCUUGCUGAAAUCAUGAUAUAGAUAUUUGAGAGCAAAUGGUGAGCUGAAAAAUGAUUGCAAUGCUCUUUUAAAGAGAUUUAAACACUCCUGUGCUCCAAGUAGUAAUGCUCUUGUACACUGACCAGAAAAAAGGUAAUGAAGAGAACAGCAGGUGUAGCUACAGGACACAGAGAACAAAGCUGCAGAAUGUUUUGGGAGUUUUUAAGUGACUGUUGAGUUAACAAAGUGGUACUCCAUCAGUUACCCCAGAAACAGCUGGUUUGCUGCAGUCUUUCACCAUUCUCUGUGGCAGCAUUUCACUUCCAGCUUCUGGGUUUUCAGAGCCAGCUGCUCUGCAGGUCUCUCCCUCAGGAGCUGGAGAGGGGCUGGGGACAAGCACCGAGGACUGAAGAGCAUCCACUGGUGAGACAGCCAGUACCUGAGGUGGAAAUGGCUCAGAAACCUUCCAGAGGAGACUGUUGGACGUGGCUGGAGGGACUGGCACAGCAGCAGCGACCACAAGCAGUGCCCACAGACACUGUAACAGCACUGCAGUAUUUACAUGCUGAGAAAGAAAUACAGUUUGUCAGAAACUGAUGUGUGGUGUGAUCCCACCUUCCCCUGAAGAAUGAGUAAAAGUUCAGGGAGACUUUGUGGCAUCUUACCACAAAAGCAUUACCCUAACUGUUGGCAUCUGGUUACUUUAUCCCCAUCUCUAAUUGCUGGAGACUGCUGGGGGCCUCGUACUGACACUGAACAAGGCCCUACAUCAAGAAAAAUAAAGCAUCAGGGCAACAUGUUACUUCAGUAUGUAGAACAGUUUUUGCAAGGUUUUUCUCAUUUUUUACACCCCAUCCAAGGUUGCAUUGGUGGUGCUGAGAUGGUUUUGGCACCCUGACCCCGUUCUGGGGCCAGCAAUGCCUUCCUCCAUGCACCACUGCCCCUACAGCAGGGAUCACACCUUGCCCCAUGCUCACCCAAGUUCCACCAGCUCCUUCUGAGGCUAAUUUUGUCAAGCUGUGUUUGAUUUCGAGCUUCUGAUGGGCUGUAAAUGUGCAGAGCACAGGCACAGGAAGAGCAUCCCCAGGCAUGGCAGUGGAGGCAGCACCCCUGAAAAGGGAAUUCUGGGGGUUAUGGCUGGAGGGAAAUUCACUGGUAAACAACCAGACUCCUAAAACUCCCAAAUCUUUACCGUUUGUCAGUGUGCCUAGCCACUUAAUUAAUCUAAAAGGUGUUUUUAUGCUUGC